AUCACAGAUAUAUAUAUUAAACUAGAUUGCUAACUAUUGAUAAUACGUGAAGCGAAGUUCCGCCAUUUUAUCUGAGGCCAGAAGUAUUAUCAAUUAUUAUCACAGUACUGAUAAUAACGAAUUAUGACCACCUGUUCACUGUUAUCUUGUCAAAUGUCGACGUUUUUGGUUUUUCUAAUUUUUUUUUGAAAUUUAUACUUUUUAUUGUAGUAAAAAUUUGUUUAAUCGUUACUAAAUAAUUAUGCCCUAUAAAUGUUGUGCGUAUGGUUGUAAUAAUGUCGAUGGAGUGGACAAAAAUAUUAAGUUAUUUAGAUUUCCUUUGAAUGAAACCACGGAAAAAGAAUGGGUGAAUGCCAUCCAGAGAAAAGAUUUUAAACCAUCCAAGUAUAGUAGACUGUGCAGUGCACAUUUUAACCCAAAUGAUUUUGUUGAAAAUCCAAACAGAUUGGUUUUAAAAGAAGGUGUAGUUCCUAGUAAUUUUAAUUAUCCUGCCACUCGCAUUAAAAAAUACACGAAGAAAAAAAUAACUGGAAAUGUUUAUUCUCCAGUGCUUAAUGAAAUAGUUCAGAAUAACAGUCAUCCAGGUUACUCAACGAAACUUAUAUUUUGGUGCGCUUAAAAUUAACGAUCU